AUGUUCAAGUUCGUUCGUCCACAGUUGAGGAAAAUGACUCUGGCCUCGAUGGUCAGAAACUAUUCCCACAAGGAGUUGAAAUUUGGUGUUGAGGGCCGUGCUUCUCUUCUCAAGGGUGUCGAGACGUUGGCCAAGGCUGUUAGUGUCACUUUAGGACCAAAGGGUCGUAAUGUUUUGAUCGAGCAACCUUUCGGUGCCCCAAAGAUCACCAAGGAUGGUGUCACAGUUGCCAAGUCUGUCAUUCUAAAGAACAAGUUUGAGAAUCUUGGAGCCAAGUUGCUCCAGGAUGUCGCCUCCAAGACUAACGAGUCUGCUGGUGAUGGUACUACAUCUGCCACUGUCUUGGGAAGAUCCAUCUUUGCUGAAUCUGUCAAGAAUGUCGCUGCCGGAUGCAACCCUAUGGAUUUGAGAAGGGGAUCCCAGGCUGCUGUUGAAGCUGUCAUCAGCUACUUGGAGAAAAACAGAAAGGAGGUUACGACUUCGGCAGAGAUUGCUCAGGUCGCCACUAUUUCUGCCAACGGUGAUGCCCACAUCGGAAAGUUGUUGGCGUCUGCCAUGGAGAAGGUGGGAAAGGAAGGUGUUAUUACUGUCAAAGAAGGCAAGACUUUGGAAGACCAACUGGAGGUCACUGAGGGUAUGCGUUUUGACAGGGGAUACAUUUCUCCAUACUUCAUCACGGAUGCCAAGUCGGGCAAGGUGGAGUUCGAGAACCCACUUCUCCUUCUCUCUGAGAAGAAGAUUUCAUCGAUCCAGGACAUUCUCCCAUCUCUCGAGCUUUCGAACAAGUUGAGAAGACCUUUGCUUAUCAUUGCCGAGGAUGUUGAUGGCGAGGCUCUUGCCGCAUGCAUUUUGAACAAGUUGAGGGGGCAGGUCCAGGUCGCAUGCGUCAAGGCUCCAGGAUUCGGUGACAACAGAAAGAACACCCUUGGCGAUAUUGCCAUCUUGACCGGUGCCACCGUUUUCACCGAGGAGCUUGACCUCAAGCCAGAGAAUGUCACAUCUGAGCAGCUUGGCUCGUGUGGCUCUUUGACCGUCACCAAGGAGGACACCGUUAUUCUUAACGGUGCCGGAUCCAAGGACAACAUCUCACAGAGAUGUGACCAGAUCAGAGGCACCAUCAACGAUGCUUCGACCACUGACUACGAGAAGGAGAAGUUGCACGAGAGAUUGGCCAAGCUUUCCGGCGGAGUUGCCGUCAUAAAGGUUGGAGGUGCAUCCGAAGUUGAGGUUGGCGAGAAGAAGGACAGAUGCGAUGAUGCACUCUGUGCUACUAGAGCUGCCGUUGAGGAAGGUAUCCUUCCAGGUGGAGGUACUGCUUUGGUCAAGGCAUCCAAGGUUUUGGACAGUGUCAAGACUGAAAACUUCGACCAGAAGCUCGGUGUUGAUAUUGUGAGGGCCGCUAUCACCAAGCCUGCCAAGACAAUCGUCGAGAAUGCCGGUGGUGAAGGUGCAGUUGUUGUUGGCAAGAUGCUUGACGAGUACGGGGACAAGUUCAACGUUGGUUUCGAUGCUGCCAAGGGUGAAUAUGUCGAUAUGAUCAAGUCCGGUAUCAUCGAUCCAUUCAAGGUGGUCAAGAACGGUCUUGUGGAUGCCUCUGGUGUUGCUUCCCUAUUGGCCACAACCGAGUGUGCCAUAGUUGAGGCACCUCAGCCAAAGCCAGCUGCUGCUGCUCCUAACCCAGGAAUGGGGGGUGGAAUGGGUUUUUAA